CGCAUAUUUGUAGGAAGCAAGUCCAUUUCCGUAAUAUAAAGUACUAUAAGACAAGUCCAAACCUUCUCUAAACUCGCUCUAACUCACCGUUUUGUUCACUAUAUUCACUCGUCUUCUCUCCAUUUACCUCUCAACAACUUCACUAUCACCGUACACAAAACAUUGUACCAACAACAAAAAAUUAACAGAGCCAUGAAAGGGUGCGAGUUAUGCAAGUUUCCGGCGAGAAUCUACUGCGAGUCGGACGACGCGAGCCUCUGCUGGAGGUGCGAUCAGAAGGUUCACGGAGCUAAUUUUCUGGUGGCGAGACACGCUCGUACUCUACUUUGUAAGACCUGCCGAUCUCCCACUCCUUGGAAAGCCUCCGGUUUUCAAUUGCUUGCCCGUACUGUUUCGUUCUGCAGCGACAGAUGCGCGAUCCGAGAUGCUGUAAAUCGUAAAGAACGACAACGGUUAGAUAAUGAUAGUAAUCAGGUUCACUGGUCUUGUCUGAGUACUCCUCCUCCGGCUGCCACCUCAUCGUCUUCGUCUAAUUCCGAUUCUUCUUCUUCUUAUUGUUCACGGAGUCAAGAUCACAAGUGUGUUAAGUCUUUGAAACGGACGCGUGAGAUCAGUUCUCCAGAUCUUCAGAAUGAUCUGAGCCGUUCAUCUUCUCGGAGACGUGACGGUGUUUCUGCUGUUGACUCCUCGUUGAAAGGGCGGAAAAAUGGAGCGGAGCGUUCCAAAUCUACGGAAAAGUUGAUGGAAUAAAAAGAAACUGAGAAUAGUUGCCGUACGAUUCGAAGAAAUGGUGAAUUUACCGAUAGUUUUAGAUUUGACAAUUUCUAACACAGUACUGAUAUUAGUUUGAUCUAGCCCUGUAUUUAAGUUGAGCUUUGUUAGUUGGGCAUUUGGUUAAUUGUGUAUCUAAUUAGAAUUAGAAAUUGUAAUUUUUAUUCA